AGGGACAUUAUCUUGCCUCUUUACACGGGCAAUGUCAAGUAACCUCAGUAUUAUUAUUAAUUAUAUGAAAUCCAAUGACAGGCAAAAAAUAAAUGUCCAAUUUCCCACACCACCACCCACCAACUUUCAUACAUAUUUCAAUUUCAAACCAAAACCAAAACCAAACCACUGUGCUUCGUAUUUCAGCAAUCUCACAAAUUAUCCUAAGUCCUAACCUUUGCUUUCACUCAAAUACUAUUUGAUCAAUAUACCGAAAAAAAUGACGAAUCUCCAAAUACGAACAGAGGAACCAAACAACACAGAAACUGAAACUCAAACCCCUCUUCUAACUUCAAACACGAAUCACGAACACGAACACGAACACGAACACGAACACGAAGAAACUAAUAACAAAACCGAAGUAGAUAAAAGCCUUGCACGUUUGGAAUUGUUUCUAAACAUCUUAGGGUUCAAUCCACGUUCAAUUCUAUCCUCUAUAAUUUGCUGGUCCGGUUUCUUCACGCUUGGAGUGGCGGUUCCACUGGUGGCGCUAUGGAUGGGCGACUGUUCAGAGUGCGAAAAGUACGAAUUAAGCGGUUGCGAGAUGGUGAUCGUGGCGUUUCAGGCGAGUCUCGCUGCUGUUUCAUUGCUCUGUCUUUCCCACUGUUUGCGGAAAUAUGGACUCAGGAGAUUUCUGUUCGUUGACCGUUAUACCGGACAUAUUGCUGCCUUUCAUCGUGAUUAUGUUAACCAGAUUUCGGGAUCUUUGCGCCUGUUCAUUCUGUGGGUAUUUCCGUGUUUCCUUCUGAAGACAGUGCGAGAAAUCAUUCGCAUUUCAUAUAUACAACAUGGGUCGUGGGGGUUCUCGAUUGCUAUUUUUAUAGCUUUGGUUGUAUCUUGGACAUAUGUUAGUGCAAUCUCUCUGACAGCCUGCAUUAUGUUUCACUUGGUCUGUAAUUUGCAAGUCAUCCACUUCGAUGAUUAUGGGAAGCUCUUGGAAAGGGAGAGUGAUGUGUUAGUGUUUUUGGAGGAGCACAUGCGGUUGCGCUAUCAUCUUUCCAAGAUAAGUCAUAGGUUCCGAGUCUAUCUUCUUCUGGAGUUCUUGGUUGUCACUGUUAGCCAAGUUGUGACUCUGUUGCAGAUCACAGGAUAUCGUGAUAUGAUUACCAUGGUAAACGGUGGAGAUUUUGCUGUAUCCACACUUGUUCAGGUGGUUGGCAUCAUUAUUUGUCUUCAUGCAGCGACAAGAAUAUCUCAUAGAGCUCAAGGCGUUGUUUCGCUUGCAAGCCGGUGGCAUGCAAUAGCAACAUGCGCAUCUUCUGAUAAUUCACAAAUGAGAAGUUCUGCAAGUGCCGGGAGUCUUGAGGUUGCAAACCAUUUAAACUCAAUACAUUUAGACUAUUCUGAAAGUGAUCUGGAGUCAUUGGAUUUUGGAGGAAUGGCUGUAAAUACCCAGUUGAUUUCUUAUAUGUCCUCACAUCACAAGAGGCAAGCUUUUGUGAUGUAUUUGCAGUCAAAUCCGGGAGGAAUCACUAUAUUUGGAUGGACAGUGGACCGAUCUCUUGUCAACACAAUUUUUUUCCUUGAGUUAAGUCUGGUUACAUUUGUUCUAGGUCAGACGCUGAUGUCGUGAUAAAAUUCACUCGCCAAUACCAAGAAACUCUUUUGGUCACCAAGGCUACUAAAUUUGAUUGAAAGCCCCUUGUAUAACCAUAAUUCUUCCUCACAAUCAAGUUUGCUGAACUUGGUAGACGUGCCAGAACGUUACAUGCAUACAGAGGAAGAAGGAGAGAACAAAGUUGCCUUGUCAGUCGUGGACCAAGUUUUUUGCCACACCACUGCAGAUGUCUCCAAAAAAUCUGUCCAAGAUUUUCAUUCUUCUCAUCAAUGUAUUUCAUCUUCAUCGAUGUUAUGAUUUCUAGUUUGCACCUGUUCCAUUUUUCAGUGUGUACAAGCCCUGCAGUUUUCUGUUCUAGCUGCCAGGACUACAAUUUUUCAAAGCAGUCAUACUCAUUGUUCAGAUUCAUAACCUAAGGUUUGUACAAUCACAUCUGAUGUGAAAUUGAUCAGAGCAUUCUUCUGAUCAUACCUCAAUACGAAUUUCAGCUAGAAUAAUGUGGAAGUUGAACCCACAUUUUCUAUAACAAGAUACCAAUGUAAAUAUGCUAAAAAAAAUCGUGAUAUAGUUUAGCUGCUGAUACGGUAUAAGUUAGUCUACAGCUUAUUUACAGCCAGUGACACAUGUAUUUAUUCCAUUCCAAAUGUACCAAAGUUUUUUCAAGGUUUACUAGUUAGGAAUCGUACAAGCUCGAUACAAUGUGCUUGUUUAGA